AAGAGUCACAUUGAUAUCCGACAUAUCAACAAGUAUUGAUAUUAAUUGAUAAUCUAAUUGAAUUAUUUGAAGAGUGAAUAUUAGUCUGUAAGAAUGAAGUUUUGUGCACUUAUUUGUUUUAUUUUUGCAACUAAUUUGGUUUAUGGACAAUGGGUAAGCCGAGUUUUUUUGCAGGAAGCCCAGGAUUAUUUCAAUAAGGUGGUUCAAGAAACUGUCCUGCGCUUGGAGCAGCAGGGUUUCAGCUCUCUUCGACUUCAAGAUUUCCAUCAAACAAUAAGCCAACAAAUGUACAAAUGGCACGUCACGGGUAACGUCACGUACACAAAUGGUUUCCUAGUGUCCAUUCAGAAAAUGGACAUUACGAACUUCCAGCAACAAACAUCUUCCAUCACUGUAAAUGGUAGCGUUACUAACUUCGCUACGGUCCAUGGACGGUUGAAUUUAAGGGAUAUGAAGAUCGGAUAUGAUGUGAUUGCUGAACUAGAAGACGAUGGCAAUCAUAGGUUCACCGGAACUUUCGUUCACACUCUGAGCUGGUUUACCUUUAGAAUAUUGAAGAACUUGCACACACAAGAGAUAACUGCCGAUGUGACCUUGGACAGUCUAAGCGGAGGACUCCAUAGAAUGCAGUACAUGCCGGCAAACAAAAUAACUGAAGUUCUUUCUAGAACUUACACUCCAAACAACAUUCGGAACAGCGUAGCAAGUUGGGGUCGCGACAUCAUCCAUCCUAUUCUUUUGGACGUUGCUCAGAAUAAGAUCCAAUUUCCUUCAGUGUGCCUUGACUGCAGAUAAAUAUUAUGCAAUUUAAAAGAGGAA